AUGGCCACAUUGAUCCUCCGAAACCGGGCGAAGAUGACCUUUGUUGAUAAAGAUGGGGAUGAACACCGAUUCAAAGUCUCAGAAGGAGACAAUCUGCUUGAUAUCGCACAGGCAAAUGAUCUAGAGAUGGAAGGUAACGUCGUUUCGUCCAAUUACAAGACGGGCAUAAUUUGA